AUGCCAUCACAUUACGAUACUUUGCAGUUGCAUGCAGGUCAAGAUGCUUCAGCUAAUUCAGGGAAUCCUAGGGCAGUGCCGAUAUAUGCGACGUCAUCAUACGUUUUUAAAAAUUCUCAACAUGGUGCAGAUCUAUUUGGGUUGAAUACUCCAGGGUAUCUCUACUCGCGUAUGGGGAAUCCUACUGUGGAUGUUUUAGAAAAGAGGCUAGCGGCUUUGGAAGGUGGACGUGGUUGUGUAGCGGUAGCCUCUGGCCAAGCGGCACAGGCGAUGGCGCUUGGGGCAUUGGCUCAAGUUGGAGAUAAUAUUGUAACUUCUUCGCAUUUGUACGGAGGUACGUAUAAUCAAUUGAAGGUUGCAUUUAAGAGGUUGGGAGUUGAGGUUAGAUUCUCCGAGGGGGGCGAGGCUGAGGAUUAUGAGCAGCUUUUUGAUGAUAAGACCAAAGCGUUGUAUGUUGAAAGUAUCGGUAACCCGAAGUAUACUGUUCCUGACUUUGAGAAGAUUACCGAAGUAGCACAUAAGCACGGUAUACCUGUCGUGGUUGACAAUACUUUUGGUGCAGCUGGGUUCUUUUGCAAGCCAAUUGAGUUUGGAGCAGACAUUAUUACACAUUCUGCGACAAAAUGGAUUAAUGGACACGGGACAGCCAUUGCAGGUGCUAUAGUUGAUUCUGGUAAUUUCCCUUGGACUCAGUACCCUGAUAAAUUCCCUCAAUUUUCGCAGCCUGCUGAAAGCUACCAUGGAAUGGUGUACAAUGAUAACUUUGGACCACUGGCGUUUAUUGCGUAUGUAAGACUUGAACUUUUGAGAGAUCUCGGGUCUACGAUGAGUCCUUUCACUGCAUUUUUAUCAUUGCAAGGCUUGGAAACUCUCUCCUUAAGAUGUGAAAGACAUGCACGUAAUUCCAUCGAUCUUGCGAGACAUUUGGAGGAUUCUCCAUACGUUGCAUGGGUCUCUUAUCCAGGCUUGGACUCCCAUCCUUCCCGUAAUAAUGCCAAGAAAUACCUAACUAAUGGUGCAGGUGGUAUGCUUUCUUUUGGCAUUAAACCGUUUGAUAAAACAAAUGGCGAAGAAGAAGCUUCCGAAGUGGACACAAGUGUAAUCGCUGCAAAAUUUGUGGAUUCAUUAAAAUUAGCAUCUAAUCUUGCUAACGUUGGGGAUUCGAAGACAUUGGUCAUUGCUCCAUACUUCACUACCCAUCAGCAGUUGACUGACGAAGAAAAAUUAAAGGCUGGUGCUGACAAGGAUGUCAUCCGUGUGUCAGUUGGUACAGAAUAUAUAGACGACAUUAUUGCAGACUUUGAACAAGCCUUUAAGACUGUAUAUCAAAGCUGA